CGGGGGCGGUGCUUUGUGUGCGGCCGCGGGGCGCGCGGUGGGGCGCGCGGCGGUGCGGGCGGGCGGGCAUCGGGCAGCAUGGAGGAGCUGAGCAGCGUGGGCGAGCAGGUCUUCGCCGCCGAGUGCAUCCUGAGCAAGCGGCUGCGCAAGGGCAAGCUGGAGUACCUGGUCAAAUGGCGCGGCUGGUCCUCCAAACACAACAGCUGGGAGCCAGAGGAGAACAUCCUGGACCCAAGGCUGCUCCUGGCCUUCCAGAAGAAGGAACACGAGAAGGAGGUGCAGAACCGGAAGAGGGGCAAGAGGCCGAGAGGCCGGCCACGGAAGCUCACCGCGAUGUCCUCCUGUGGCCGGAGCUCCAAGCUCAAGGAACCCGACGCUCCCUCCAAAUCCAAGUCCAGCAGUUCCUCCUCUUCCUCCACAUCUUCCUCCUCUUCCUCAGAGGAAGAGGAUGACAGCGACUUGGACACCAAGAGGGGCCCUCGAGGCCGUGAGACCCACCCAGUGCCUCAGAAGAAGGCCCAGAUCCUAGUGGCCAAGCCUGAGCUGAAGGAUCCCAUCCGGAAGAAGCGGGGACGCAAGCCUCUUCCCCCGGAGCAGAAGGCGGCCCGGAGACCUGUGAGCCUGGCCAAGGUGCUGAAAACCGCCCGGAAGGAUCUGGGGGCCCCGGCCAGCAAGCUGCCCUCCCCACUCAGCGCCCCAGUGGCAGGCCUGGCAGCCCUGAAGGCCCACGCCAAAGAGGCCUGUGGUGGCCCCAGCGCCGUGGCCACCCCGGAGAACCUGGCCAGCCUGAUGAAGGGCGUGGCCGGCAGCCCCAGCCGGGGCGGCAUCAGCUGGCAGAGCUCCAUCGUGCACUACAUGAACAGGAUGAGCCAGGGCCAGGCCCAGGCCGCCAGCAGGUUGGCGCUCAAGGCCCAGGCCACCACCAAGUGUGGCCUCGGGCUGGACCUGAAGGUGAGGACGCAGAAAGGGGACCUGGGGAUGAGCCCCCCAGGAGGCAAAGUCUCAAAGUCUCCCAGCGUUGGGGCUGCAGAGCAGAAAGGAGGGAGCGCAGGGGGGCCCCCGCACGCCCAUGGCAGCACCAGGGUCCCUGCCGGGUGCCCAGGCCCCCUGCUGGCACCGACCCAGGAGCUGAGCCUCCAGGUCUUGGACUUACAGAGCGUCAAGAACAGCAUGCCUGGGGUGGGCCUGCUCGCCCGCCACGCCUCAGCCACCAAAGGUGUCCCAGCCACCAGCUCAGCCUCUGGGAAGGGCACCGGGAGUGGCCUCACUGCGGGCAACGGGGCCAGCAUGCCCACUGACACCAGCAAAAGUGAGAAGCUGGCCUCCAGGGCUGCAGCUCUGCCCACCCCUGUGGGCAAGAGGGACUGCGUCAAGGGCAGUGCUGCUCCCCGAGGGCAAGAGGGCCGCGUGGCCCCAGGGGAUGCGCGCAAGGCGGCCACACUGCCAGAGAUGAGCGCCGGCGAAGAGAGCAGCAGCUCCGACUCAGACCCCGGCUCGGCCUCGCCACCCAGUGCCGGGCAGAACCCAUCGGUGUCCGUCCAGACCAGCCAGGACUGGAAGCCCACCCGCAGCCUCAUCGAGCACGUCUUUGUCACUGACGUCACUGCCAACCUCAUCACCGUCACGGUGAAGGAGUCCCCCACCAGCGUGGGCUUCUUCAACCUGAGACAUUACUGAAGCCCCUACGGCCACCAGCUGCCCCAGUCUCUCUGGCCCUCCCAUCUCUGAAGUGACCUGCAGCCCAAAUCCUCCGGAGGGGCUGGGUCAGGGAUGGGGGGCGGCUGGGCUCCUUUCUGGGCAGGCUUGGAAGGGACUUCUCCCCAGCCCCUGCCCUGUCCUGGGGCUCGGGCAGGGGGCCGCAUCUUUGCCUUGCUGGGGCCAGGCUGCACCCAUGUUCCUACCUCUGGGCCACCUCCUCGCUCUGCCAUUUCACCUCAGGAACUUGGUGGCACCUGUGGCUCGAGCCGGCUUGAGAAGAGUGGUGUCCUGUGCGGCUCGAGCCGCCCUCCAUGGCCUGCGUGCCUGACGGCAGCUUUGCCCGGUCUCCCAGCGCAGAGGUGUCGGUUGGAGCCUUCUCCCGGUCCAGCUUGACUUCUCCCCUGGGGUACGGAGAGAAAGUGCAUUGGGGGGAGGCAAAGCCCCCUGGGACUGCUCCAGGGAGGGCCCACUAGUGUCCCUGCCGCCUAGAGCAGACAGGGUGGGGUGGUACCCUGCCGCCUAGAAGACAGGGUGGGGUGGUACCUGCCUUUGCCAGCAGUGCCCGCGCCGGCAAGGGUGAGGGGUCCUGCCCCACGGCUGGGGGCCAGCCGGGGCCUUCAUGUAAAAGGUGUUGCUGGUAGCUGUAGCGGAGCGGGAUGAGGUCAGCAACGCUGAAAAGGCUAGUGUCCCACCAUCCAAUCCCAGUUCAGAAUAGCCUCUGCAGUCCCUAAAGUUGCCCUGAGAGCCCAGCGUGGUAGGGAGGGGGGUGGUCCCACAUGAAGAGCGUAGUCUGUAUUUGGGUCUGGUAGCAGGAUGCUGUCACUGCUCUCCUUCCUGCUGGCCUGUGACCUUGGUUCCUUUCCAAACCCAGUCCCACACCCCUAGCCAGGGCCCACCGGAUUAUGUCCCAGUUCCAGGGUCGGAAGGUGCUGGGACUCAGGGUGGGGACACUGCAGGCCCAGAGCUGAGUCUGGAGAGCAGCUGAAAGACAUGCUCAGACCAGCGGAGGUGUCUGAGCGGAGACCUUGGUGGGAGAGCCCCUUUCUCCGCUCUCUGGGAUUUAUCUUCUGGUUGUAAAGGACCAGCUUAGCCCUGAUCAUGGCCGCAGACUGCUCGGGGAGCCGCUGAGGAUGGAAGUGCGGGCACUUGCUGGCUUCUGGCUGUUGGCGGGUAUUGCCGUAGUUGCCGUCCACAACUACCUCCCCUCGCUGGGCCCACGCCGGGCCCUGCCCAGGUGGACUGGCCACUUUCCCUGACAAUCCCCCCCCCCCAUCUUCUGCGGUGCUGUACUCUGCUCCUUCCCAGCUGAGAAGCAGUAUCUGUCAUUUGGGAGGCAGGACCAAGGCAGCAGCCUGCCUGGCAGAGGGCACCGAAAGACCAACCCUGCCAGCCUGCACCUUGAGGCCCUGUCCGCUCCCCUCCCCUCCCCCCAGAUGGCUAAGCCUUGGAGCUACCUUGUAUGAUUUCUGACAUUGGGACUUCUGUUCCAAGAUACCAGCGUGGGGCAGGGAACAGGUCAACAGUGCCCUGCGGGUGGCAAUGGCAGGCAGUCUGGUCACUGGGUCUCUGAUGCCAAAAAGAAGUCAAGGAAGGUGGGCCUGCUUCUGUUCCCAUCCUUGGUUGAGGUCAGCCUGCAAGUGUGGGGCCUCGCUCCAGACGCCCCGACUGCGGGCAAGAGCUGCCCUUCCACAGACCAGCCGGGGUUAGAGUGGGCUCUGGCUUCCAGGGGAAAGGCCUGCCGGGCUGCAGGCCCCCCAUGCCUCACUCCAUGCCAAAUAGGAAGAGGUGGCCUUUGUGUAGCCAAAUUGAUCACAACAGUGUGCCUUUGGGGAGGGACCUGUGUCCUUAACUGUAUUGGGGGCUGUCCGGAUGCAGCCUUGGGGCCAGCAUGUCAUGGCCACACUGGCUGCAGUGAGGUGGCACACACUUCUGCAGACUGGAGGGCUGGGGGUCGCAGGCAACAAGGCUGGCACUGGGAGUGGGCAGUAUGGGAAGAACUGACCCCUGCACAGCCUGGGAGGAGGAGUGGAUCCCAGCACGGCAGGGCACCAUCCAGAUCCCAGAUCCCCAGAUGGCCGGGCCUCUUCGCUGACCGUCCUGCAGGAAAGCUGACAGCCUCCCCAGUUUUGCAGCUCCUAGGGCACUGUGCUGCCUUAGAGGCUCCAAAGCCAGGCUAACAGCUCUCUCCCAGCAAGUCCUUGGAGGUGACCGUGUGGUUCCAAGAGCUGUUGAAGGAAUGAAGGUGCCUGUCCCUGGGUGCCUGGGCCAACUGCACUGGGCCUCAGCAGCCAGGUCUCUCCAAACCCUGAUUUGGUGCCUUUCUGUUUACCAGCUACUUCAAUCCCAAAGUUUGAAUCUGCAAACACCUUACUCCCAGCCACCCUGCCUUCUUGCUGUGUUGUAUGUUUUUUUCCUGGUGCUUGGGAGCCCCGGUGGUUCAUGUUACAGAGUGUGUGUACAGGCACGAGCGCCGCUGCUGCAGUUGCACCGGAUGCUCGCAGUCAGUCGUCAUAUGUUUACCAAUAAAUAAAAGUAGUACUUUGUAUAUUUUA